GAGCGCGUGCGCCUGCGUAGGAGCAAAUGUACGCGCACGCACGUGCGUGUUCUCGCGGUAUUUGGAGAAAUAGGAGCAGGUAGAGAGGAGUUGGGGGAAAGGAACCUCCGAGAUAUACCCAAAGAAGUCACGGCGUCGGCGGCUCGGAGGACGACAACGACGGCGAUUAUUUUUUCGUAUUCUCGCGAGAAUUGGUGGCUAACCUUCUUCCCUCCUCGCUUUCCUACCUUCCUCUCCCCUCCCCCUCCCCCCCAAUCUGGAAGGAGCGCCGUUUCGGUCUGGGAAGUAGGUGGAAAAAGAUGGGAAUCUUGACUUGGGGAACUCACUAGAGAUUUAGGUUGAGGAAGGUGGUGUCCCCUUAGUAGAGGCUCUUGGGUUGGUCACGGGCCUGCGGGAUUUGCUCAGUGAGCGAGGCCCCGGGGCGGGCUGGAAGUGUAGAUAGUAACCCCCUCAGGAAGUUAAGGAAAUAGCAGAUAAAUUCAGUCCCUACUUUCAUUUUGUAGGGACGUGGGACCUUAGUUAGUGGCAAGGCAACCUUGAGGUUUGCUUAAGUACUUUGAGAGACUAGUCUUAGGGGACCCCUUUUUCAAAAACCGUAAAGCGACUAGUAUUUUCCAGAACUUUUCUUUUUCUUUCUUUUUUGGCGUUUGUAACGUUCAACUUCUUACCUACUUACAAUCUAGGGGUUUUGCGUAUUUUUUACGCCUUUAAUCAACCCUUUUGAGCAAUUAGUACCCUAAAAGUGGGAGUUAAUUGAAAGGUGGCUCAACUCAGUUGUAACUCUAUUUGUGAGGCAGCUUUAUCUUACGAUAUUCUGCAUGUAAUUGCAGAAUCAGGUAUUCAUAAAGCAGCCCAAUUUAUCCUCAUGUAAAGAGACAAGGGUGGGUUGAAUGUAGGACAUAAGUCACAAAAAAAGUGGCCCUUCCAUCAUAGGGAGGGGGGCUUGAAGAGUAGAAUUUGGGCUUUUUGGAGGAUUCCUCCCUCUUUUCAAGCACAGUGGAGAAGGAAUGCCAAACCCAGAGAGACAUGGGGGAAAGAAGGAUACGGGAGGUGGGGGGUCUUUGCAUCAAGAUGCAGUGUCCAGCAGUGGGAGCUCAAACAGCAGAGAAAGGCAUCGACUCUCCAAGCAUAAAAGACACAGAUCCAGGCAUUCCAAAGAUUCGCCGUUGGGGUCCCAAGAAGGAGGAGCACCUCUUGGCAGCAUGAUCAAACCAUUGGUAGAAUAUGAUGAUAUCAGCUCUGAUUCUGACACUUUCUCAGAUGAAGCCGUCCUCAAGUUGGAACGUAGAGAAAAUGAUGAGAGGAAAGGGACAUCAGACAGGAGUGAUCGACUACAUAGACGUCAUCAUCAACACAGGCGUGUCCGUGAGUUGAUAAAAAGUAAGCUGGGAGACAAGGAGAAGAGAAUGGAGAAAAACCAAGAGUCCUCAGGCAAGUUGAGUUCUAGUAAAGAUAGACUAUCUGGUACUUCCAAAAGGGUUCAUGAGGAGAAUGAUGACCAUUCAUCUAAAUCAUUCAAGAGCAGUAGCAAAGAGUCCCGUUCAGCCAAACUGCAUAAGGAGAAGUCUAGGAAAGAACGGGAGGUAAAAUCUGGUCACAAGGAUCACAGUAAAAGUCAUCGGAAAAGAGAUGCCCCCAAAAGUUACAAGUCAUUGGACAGUCCAAAGCGGAAAUCCAGAAGUCCACACCGUAAGUGGUCCGAUAGUCCCAAACAAGAUGACAGUCCUUCAGGAGCAUCCUACACACAGGACUAUGACAACAGCCCUCCACGAUCACAUACAUCCAGUAACUAUGAUUCAUAUAAGAAGAGUCCUAGUGUAUCCUCACGACGACCAUCAGUCAGCCCUCCAUAUAAGGAACCUGCUGCCUACCAAUCCAGUAUGCGUUCUCCCAGCCCUUAUGGCAAGAGACAGCAGUCAGUCAGUCCAUACAGCAGGAGGCGUUCAUCCAGCUAUGAAAGAGGGAGUGGAUCAUACAGUGGAAGAUCUCCCAGCCCAUUCAAUCGAAGGCGCUCCAGCAGUCCUUUUGUUUCCAAGCGGUCUCUGAGCCGUAGUCCUGUUUCCAGGAAGCCCAUGAAAUCUCGAAGCAGAAGUCCCUCUUAUUCAAGACAUUCUUCAUCUCAUAACAAAAAGCAGAGAACUGGAUCUCGCAGUCGCCAUUCCAGUAUCUCACCUGCUCGGCUACCACUGACCUCCAGUUUAGGAGCUGAGCUGAGUAGGAAGAAAAAGGAGAGGGCUGCAGCUGCAGCUGCUGCAGCAAAAAUUGAUGGAAAGGAGAUCAAGGACUCAUCUAGCUUGGUGUCUAGAAAAGAAAAUAACUUAGCUGAAGUAAAAGAGUCUAUAAUGGAUGUCAGGAAGGCCAAAAUGGCUAAGCCUGAAAAAUGUCCUCAUGAUCUGGUGACAGUAAAUACUCUACAACACAAUGCAGAGAUAAAAACAACUCCUGAGCCUGUCAAAACAAAGACAGUAGAAAAUUCUGAAAAGAAACGACCUGUUUUGGUUAAAGACUCGAAAACUGUGGGAACAAAAGAUACGAAACUUGUUAUAGCAAAGGAGGAAAUUGUGACUCCAAAAGAAAUAGAGACAUCUGAGCAGGAGGUCCAACCACCUUUGCCUUCUAUAAAAUCACUCCCUCCUUUACCAACAUCAUCCCCACCUCCUCAGAUUCCUCCACCAUUGCCCCCUUUGCCUCCAUUGCCAGUUGUUCCCCCUCUGCCAUCUGCCCAGUCAUCCACCAUUCACAGCCCUGCUUUAGUUCCUCUGCCAUUUUCUGCCCAUUCUAAAACAUCCUUGACUUCUCAGGCUAACUCCCAGUCCACCAUGCAAUCCUCAAAGGGACAUGGUUCUCUGACCAUAGCUGUUCCUCAUCUGAAAACGUCAACGUUGCCUCCACUCCCUUUGCCACCAAUCUUGCCUGGGGAAGAUGAGUUGGAAAGUCCAAAGGAGAUUGUUCUUCUGAAGUCUGUGAAGAAAGAGAAAGAACAGAGACCACGACACUUGCUUACAGACCUCCCACUUCCUCCGGAGCUUCCUGGUGGAGACCCUUCACCGCCGGAGUCUCCAGAACCAAAGGCAGCCACACCACCUCAGCAAUCAUUAAGAAAGAGACCAAAAAUCUGUUGCCCUCGUUAUGGCGAAAGGAGACAGACAGAAAGUGAUUGGGGAAAGCGCUGUGUGGACAAAUUUGAUAUUAUUGGUAUUAUUGGUGAGGGAACAUAUGGACAAGUAUAUAAAGCCAAGGACAAGGAUACAGGUGAAUUGGUGGCUUUGAAAAAAGUAAGGCUGGACAAUGAAAAGGAAGGCUUCCCUAUUACAGCUAUCCGUGAAAUCAAGAUUCUCAGACAGUUGAUUCAUCGGAGUGUUGUCAACAUGAAGGAAAUUGUUACAGACAAACAAGAUGCACUGGAUUUCAAGAAGGACAAAGGUGCCUUUUAUCUUGUAUUUGAAUAUAUGGACCAUGAUCUCAUGGGAUUGCUAGAAUCUGGGUUGGUGCAUUUCUCAGAGGACCAUAUCAAAUCAUUCAUGAAGCAGUUGAUGGAAGGACUGGACUAUUGUCACAAAAAAAACUUUCUUCAUCGAGAUAUCAAAUGUUCCAAUAUCUUAUUAAACAACAGUGGGCAAAUCAAGCUGGCUGACUUCGGUCUUGCCCGACUUUACAGUUCAGAAGAAAGCCGUCCAUAUACCAAUAAAGUCAUUACGUUAUGGUAUCGACCACCAGAGUUGCUGCUAGGCGAGGAGCGUUACACACCAGCUAUAGAUGUCUGGAGCUGUGGUUGCAUCCUUGGGGAACUGUUUACAAAGAAACCUAUUUUUCAAGCUAAUCUUGAGUUGUCCCAGCUUGAAUUAAUCAGCCGUCUUUGUGGGAGUCCGUGUCCAGCUGCAUGGCCAGAUGUCAUCAAACUCCCCUACUUCAACACCAUGAAACCUAAGAAACAAUAUCGUAGGCGCCUGCGGGAGGAGUUUUCUUUCAUUCCUUCUGCUGCCCUUGACUUGUUAGACCAUAUGCUAACCCUGGACCCUAAUAAACGAUGUACAGCAGAGCAAGCCUUGCAGAGUGAUUUCCUAAAGGAUGUUGAUAUCAGCAAGAUGGAUCCUCCAGAUCUCCCUCAUUGGCAGGAUUGUCAUGAACUCUGGAGUAAGAAACGCCGGCGGCAACGGCAAAGUGGGAUUGUGGUGGAGGAGCCCCCUUUGGCAAAGGUUUCCCGGAAGGACACAGCCUCUGUAAUAAGCACUGAAGCCAUCAAGAAUCAUAGCAGCCCAAUACCCUCCCAGCCUGCUCAGAUCAAAACACAACCUGGUGCUGGAGACUCAUUUGCAGGUCUUGGUGACAUCACACAGCAGCUGAAUCAGAGUGAGCUGGCUGUCUUACUGAACUUGUUGCAGAGCCAGACAGACCUAAGUAUUCCACAGAUGGCCCAGCUACUCAACAUUCAUUCAAACCCUGAGAUGCAGCAACAGCUAGAGGCCCUUAACCAGUCUAUCAAUGCACUCAAUGAAGCCACCACCACUCAGCAACUGCAGGAUUCCCAGAAAGUGCCUGAAGAGGAAAGUGCUGUUGAGGAACCACCCCCACCAAUCCGUCCCUCUGAGGAACAACCCACUCCUGAAGCAGUAGGCACUCAGGGAGACAUGCAAAGCGUUCUGGCAGUUUUGCUGAGCCAACUAAUUAAAACCCAAGAGCCUGCAACAAAUACAGAGCAGAAUAGCAGUGAGAAGAACAGCGAUCUACGGGGGCCACGGAAAACCCCCACUUUGCCUCAGGAGGAAACUGCAGAGACCAGGGAAGGAGGCUCAGAUCUUGAAAUUUCUGACCAGACCCUGAAGGCUGAAAGAACACAGCUUGUGGAAGGCCUCCAAGUUAAAUUCUGGAUAUUGGUUAAAAGAUGUCUACUUCAGCCCAGGAAACAGCCCAGGAAGCACGCUCUUCAGGGAGAGGAGAAACAAAGUGUGGAAGGAAUGGGAAAAAAACUGGCCAACUCAUGACUUUUUGCCCAAUCAGAUGGCAACUUUUUUUGGUUGAAGGGUGAGGAAUUUAACAUUUGCACUGGUUCUUCAAAGAAGACAUGAUUGGCCUGCAGGCACAGGGAAGCCUUGGCACGGGUUCCAACUUUUUCUUCACUCUUCCCCCGCUGCCAAGCGGCAUCAACACAAAAUUGCCAUUUUCCCCAGCUCUCUAUGGAGCAAUCUUGAAAAGCAGUAAGGUGUGACGCCGAAGGACUGCCAACUCGGCAGCAGUGCCUGCGGAAAAACCGCAGAAUGGAGGCAGAGAAAUAGGAUGGUGGUGGGUGCUGGUUUUUUUUUUUCCUACUGGCGCGUGGAGUGAUUGGGAGGAGGGGUGGCAAAGAAGGGGGGUUGAAAGAGGAAAAAAUAACGUAGCAGCUGUCGGCCUAAUUCCACUAACACUCUGCUUGUGGUCAUAUUAGAAAAACAGAUUAUACUCCUUUGUGGCACUCAUUUAUUCCUGACAUACGUUAACAUUCUAUAUCUUAAUUCUGCCUGCCUUUAGUUUGACCAGUGGACUUUGGGGCCAGGUUUUUUUCCCCAUGAAAUAUAUUGAGGAAUAUGGAAAGCAAAAAAGAAAUACCUGUUUUUUUUCUUCUUCUUCUGUCAUUAUACUUCAUAAACCGUUGAAUUCAUUUGACAAUAAGAGUUCUGAAUAGGUAACUGUCAGGACUAUUUUAUCUAAAUGCACCACUUAUCAAACUCACCUCCAUAGCCACAGAUAUGGUGAUAGUUCCUAGCUUUAAUGGGAGAUAAGUAUCAUGGAUAAAAGUCCCUGAUGGUUACAAGUGGCUACAGGCAAUUUUCCCCAUUUCUGCCCUAUAGAUGUAUUUGGACUACAACUCCCAGAAUUUCUAGAGUUGGAAAUAUUCCUGAAUGCCUUUACUUCAGGGCAAGGCUAUUGACUUUUGUAGCCCAAAGCUUAUGAUCUAAAGUCACAUUUCUGAAGCUAAGCAGGCUUAAUUAUGCUCAAGGCUCUUAGAAGCCAUCACAUGGCAUCCUGGACUUCAUUUUGAGAGGAUGGCUGAAUGUAGAAAAAUGCAAUGAAUACAUGACUCACAAAUGGAUCCAAGCCAAACGUACAGCUCGUGAAAACACCUUUGGAUAAAAUAUCAAAUAUAAGCUGGCAAGAAUGAUAGCUAGCUGAGUGUAUCCUCUGAUGCACAGUGGAUAGGUGAAGAACCUUAUCCAACUCACCCAAUUUCCUCAAGUCUGCCAAUGGUUGUGUUAAAAAAAUGCCCCUCAAGCAAAAUGUUAUUCUCCCAAGUAAAUCUUGCCUCUAUCUCCAGCCAGUUUCCUAAGGAAAUAUCAAGCAGCAGAACACCUCUGUGUAUGUAUUGAAUGUUCAUUUGAUGGGAUUCAGUAUAAGUGUUUUGCCCUUUAUACGUCUUUCCCCUCACUGCUUGAAAAGGGACAUUUACAUCCAAUGUUGGUGCAUCCCCUUCCCUCAAUAAAUACAUCACUCUGUUCUGACCAAGUGGCCCAGAGGAUCAUGUCUGAUCAUGUCAGGCAGCUUAAUAAUGCAUGUGGGCCCAUACUUAACACAAAUCAGGUGCUUCUUGGUACUCUCUUCUUAUCCUCUGGUAAUAAUCUCUGCUUUAGUUUCUCCAUUGAUGUUUUAAAAUAAGCAUGGUUCACAAUCAGAGAUGGAAAAUGAUGGGAAACAAAGUUCUUCCUACUUGAUCACUCACUCACUGAUCACCUCAACCCUUGAUCUUCCAUCUUCAGGGUUACAACUUCACUAUUUUUACAGGUAGUCCUUGUUUAGCAACCACAAUUAGGAUCAGCAACUUGCUCAUUGAGUGAAAUGGUUGCUAAAUGAAUCUGUGACUGUGCUUACAAUCCCAUUUCAGCUUUGCUUCAUAUAUCUGCAAAGUUUGGUCACAAAGUUUCUUUUUCAUCACUACCACUGCAAAUGGUCACUAAAUGAGGUAGUUGCUAAACAAGGGCUAACAGUAUUUAGCCUUCCUGGGGCAUGCACAUCUUCAGCUUUCUUCUCUCUUUUGCUUCCUAAAGCAUCUGACAAUGGUUUCUUCUGGCCCCAAACAAGAGCCAUUCCAAACUGAACCAGAAGUUUCCUCCAUUCACUUUAGAGCAGGGGUGUCAAACUGCUGGCCCGCGGGCCGGUUUCAUCAUAUUGGAGCCGCGCCCACCACAUUGCCAGCAAUGGCAAAAAAGCUCCAAUACGUUGUGCGACAUCACAUGACGUCACGAGUUUGACAUGUCUGCUUUAGAGAAACUUCAGUUUCCCCUUCCACACACACAGAUCCUCCCACACCCAUCAUGAGGCAGGGAGAAGGAAGGGAGAAUUUCACAAACACAGAAAUGCAUAUUUAGAGACAUGAAGAUACAAUAACACAUACACACCCUAACCCCAGGUUACUUUACAUGGAAUUGGGGCUGAAUAACAUGUACUGCCAAUAGAAGAAAUAUCUGGCAAAACAUAGGUCUGCAUUUCAUACAGCUCCAUCAGACAGCUGCAAAUUUCUGCACCUAGCCUUUUACAUAAGAGAACAGAUCUUUGUUCAGAUCAGCUUAAAAUUUGCAGGUAGGUCCAAAAUACAGAAGGGAGGCAGGAUUGUUUGCUUCUAUUUUAGUUUUGAGCGUGCCUUAAAUGAGAGAUCUCGAACACAUAGUAUACUGCCAAUAUAUUAAUUAUUUUCUGAAGGUCAGUUUUCUAUGCCCUAAAGACUUGUUUUACCCGAUCUAUCAACAUUUCUUCUGUCCCUUCCACCUGCCUACCUGCCUACCUUUUAUAAUCAAGUGAGAUUUGAAGUCAGGUUCUCAAAGUUGUAUUCCUUAGUCUUAGUCCAAGCUGGCAUUUAAACUUAUUCUUCUGCAGGAUCAUAUUUGAAUUGCCUUUUGACAGUAACUCAAGACAGUGUGUGACUCUGAAUGAAUUGCACGUAUAUAGCGAAUAGCCAGCUAAAACCCUAACAGCUGCAUUGCUCAUGGGAGAUUUAACUUACGGUGUGUGUGUGUGUGUGUGUGUGUGUGUGUGUGUGCGCGCGCGCGCGCGCACGCGCAUCUGUGUGUGUGUGUGUAUGCAUGUGCGUAUUUCAUAGCUAAGUUGUUAGGAGAAUGGGAUGAACAGAUAUAUCUUUCCCUCAAAUAUUUGCUAGUGCAGGGUCCAGUUCAUUUAAAUCCUUCCUUCCAGUAGUAUAAUGCCCUCUUCUUUAUAAAUAUAAUAACUGGAGAUUCCAUAUUUCUAUAUGCACAGUCUGUUUUCAACUUAUUUGAUACAUGCAUCUCUCCUUCCUUAUAUGUUCAGUUCAGAAUCUCUAGUGUACAUUUUUUUUCUUUUUCUUUUUUUCAUUCAGAGACCUUGUCACCCUUAGGGGAAGCCAAGAGAUCCCUCCCUAUUCAAUAAACAGCAAAGUGGCAAGUGAAGGCCCUGCAGUAUCUCAUGGAAAACAUAGAUCUCCAGGGUUCAGUGUUGUCUAGAACAUUGAAUGAUGUGGUUUUUCAGACAAUGUUGAAAGAGAUUUUGGGAGUUUACUUUUUAGUGUUAUUGACGCAACUUUCUGUUUAGAUUAAUUAUUGUAUAUUAUAUAUUUAUAAGCCAACAAAGUUCUUGAACUUUGUUGAAGAAAAUAAUAUGAUACAUAUUACUAACAAAUGAAUAAAGAUACAGCUUCUUGGAUAACAAUCUGAAUUAUUCCCAAGUAUGCUUCCUCCACUAGGAAAAAUCUAAAAAUUCUUUGCUGCCAUCUAAUGGUUGUUUUGAUUUGUGCACUUCAAAUCCAGUAGAACUACAUCCACAUCUCUUCAUUUUCACUCUCUUCAAAUAUUCUUUUGAAGGAUCAUGGCAGAGCUGUUUAUGUAACCUCAAAUCUCUUUUUUUUCUCCCUCUGAUCUCAACUUCCUACCAUUUUGAACUGAGGAGCACAGGACCUUUGCAGAAUAAGUUCUAUAAAGAUCUGAUUAAUAAUGUUAAUGAGAAAAACCCCAACCUCACUCUAUCAGAAAAAAGAAAACCCCAGCUUUGUCCAAGUAUGUGAUGCAGUCCUCUCCACUUGACUCCAUUACUUACCCAUUGUAGCUGCAUUCCCUCUCCCCAUCUAAUAAGUGAGCCUUAGUUCUGACCUAAGUGAUUUGUAAAUACAUACAUCAGCAACUACCACAGAAAACAGACAGCAUGCAGUUCGCAUACCUUUCAAAAAACCAAGCAGUAUAAGUUAUUCCUUCCCAGAUCCAUUACAUGCAGUUGUGGUGCUUCACUGCCAUUUUCUAAUUCUACCUUAUGGAGCUGAUGCAGUGAGGGUUUUUUUUUUCUUAAAAAAAAAGGUAUUUGGGGCAUGCCUUACAUAAUUAUGCGGAAAGGCUCAGAAGGACCUUUGUACCCAGCUUUGAGGGUGGUAUUGAAUUCUGGGCAACUUUUCCAAGCACAUUUCCCAUCAGGUUGCCAGCACACUGCAUUCUCUGAUUGUCCUGUGCUGAGACCUGUUGCUUAGCAACAAUCAGUACAUUCAUCUUUAAUAAAUUGCUGGCACCAUGAUGGCAAAGAAUGUAGGGAGGGGGAGAGUGGAGAGUUUGAUGGGUGACUUUUAUUUUUUUUUUUAAGGGAACACCAUGUGGUUUGCAGAAAUGAAAGGGGAAGAAAAGAUUAAAACAUUUUAAAAAUGCAAUCUGUUCACAUGGACUAGCCCAGAUUGAGUCAGCCCAUGGAUGAGAAUAAGUUUUCACUAGCUACAUGAGAAUAGCUACUCAUAAACAUGUGAUAUGUGUAUUGUGCAUAUAUAUAAAAGAGCGGGGUGGUGGUUGUUGAGGUGUGAUGCUCCAAACUGUGUUUUACAUUUGGAGUUAGAAACUAUGGUGGGUGCUAGCCAUGCAACCAACUCAACCAGCAGAAAGCCAAUAUUAAAAGACUGAAAUAGUGUUCACUGGCAAAUAUACCUACUUCAACAGCUCAGUCCAGAGAAUAUGAGAAAACCUAUAUGGAAAAAAUGCUGAAGGAUAGAAUCAUAGAAUCAAAGCUGGAAGAGAUCAUGUAGGUGAGCGUGUCCCAAACCUGGGUAAAUUACUCAAAGUUGGAUAAAAGUGGUUUUUCUUUGAGUAUUGAUAUCCAAACCAAUUACCCAUCACAACAGGGACAUUUAAAUUGAUUUAAAGAUUGCCACGUGUACUAAAAUAUAUUCAAAAAUCUUCCAAAUAUUCCUAUUAAGUUAAAAAUUGGUGAAAUUAUCAACAAUAAUUUGUUGAAAUGAUAGUUAAGAUCAUUGAUUGAUAUUGUUUUUAUAAUACAGGUAGUCUUUGAGUUAUGAUCAUUUAUUCAAUGACCAUUCAAAAUUAUGACAUUACUGAAAGAAGGGAUUUAAUUUAAGACUUAUCAAAGUUAGAUAAGACUUUCUUUCAUUUUGGUAAUGAAGGAAAAAAAUUGGGAAACAUUGAUUUAGGCCAUCAAAAUUUCUGAACUAUUUCUUUUCAUGAUUUGAAAGUUAUACUUCUUAUGAUGUAAUAUAAAUUGUGUUUGCCAUUUUAAUCAGAAUUAGGAGGAAGGGUAUGUAUUAAAUGUGUUUAAUGCUUUGAGUUAUUUAUAAAAAAUAAUAAAUGCAGGAUAAAAUAAAUAAAUAAAUAUAAUAUCACAAUGGUGCUCUUAUUCAGCCCGCUACAUAGAAAUUCAUGUUUUUUUCUUUAUCUUAUAUAGUUGAAUCUUGCUGCUAUUACCUCAGACUCCUCUUUUUCAGGAAAGAACAGAAAGAAGUUCAUGGAAAUUACCAUCCAUUUUAAAUUUGAAGUCUGUCAAUUUGGAAGAAAGAAACAUCAGCUCAACUUGACUUCUCCAUAAUACUGGCAUCUGCAUGUGGACAUUUUGGUGUCUAUUUUUAUAACGAGGCAAACCAAAAACCAUUUUUUUUAAAAUAGAAACUCUUAUUAUAGAAAGAUUGAACACUAAUUGCUAAUUGCUGAGAACAACAGUUUAAUUUUGAGCAAACUCUGAUCUUGACAUUCUGUCUCUUUAACUCUUGGAACGUUUGAUUGUACUUUGGACUGUUCUCUUGAAUUUGUACUCUUUUUUUUGCCUUAAUGACUCUAAUCUGUUUAGCUCUUUAAAUUUACAUUUGGCUACUAAUAUUUGCUAGAUGGUUUACAACAUCUUCUGAAUUUGACCCUGGACUUCGCUAAUUCCAAUAGACACAAUAAAAUUAUCCCUAAUAAAAAACAGUAGAAGGAAACAUUUUUCACAUAUUUCUUACUGAUGAUUUAUGGAAAAAGUAUAGGUGAUUGGGUUCAAACAGCUAAACCAGAAGUCAUGGUUUACAAACAGAUUUCAUGUACUAGGCUAAGGCACACAUUUGGAGGGAAAAAUCACAUUAUAGCUUAGUAAUUCGAGAAGCCAGUCUGUGUCUGAUUUUAACAUAAACAGCUGCUGGAGCUUAAAUGGACCACAGACCUGGAAGCCCUGUUCUGGUUUGAUGUAACCUAGUUUUAUCUACAUAAAUAUUAGAGAAGAGCCACAAGAAUUCUGCAUUGACCUCUUUGUUACAAAAUAGACUGCUGAGUAUAUUGCAUAAUGUUUUACAUGGUUUUUCUUCCUACAAGAGAAUCAUGCUUUGAAUUUUCAGUGCUAGUUGGAGAUAAAAGGAGAUAAUGUCCUACGCAAGGACACCAAUUUUCAUCCUAGUAUCUCAGUGUUUUAUUAUUGAUGUGUCUACAGCUAGAAACUAUUUAUUUGAUUUGCAAGGCUUAACCCACCCAUUUGCCCCUUCACUCUGUGGGUUUAAAAAGGGGUUUGGGGGGCACUUCCAUGUAGCCUGUCAUUGUACCUCUUCUCCCUGAACAUAGUAGCAAUACGGUUUAUUUGAGUCUGGCUUAAUGUUUUAUGUAAAUUCAGCUUCUAGAUGUGCACACCAUGGCUUAUGGUUGUGUUGUAAGAACCCAGCUAGUUAAUUCCUAUUCAAUAAACUAGAGUUAGGAUGAAGCCAACUGUGUUUUAGUGGAAUAUGUAAACCCAAGCUUUAUGUUAGAGGAUUUUUUUCUGCCACACAGGUUGAUAAUUAUGAUGACUGUUGUUUUUAAUUAGCUAUUUUAUUUGCAUUAUAUAGUUCAAUUGGAUUCUAAAGGUGGCAUAUAUACAAAUGUUUUAAAUUGCAUAAGUAAUCAUCAGAAUUAUUCCAAUUACAGACAAACAAAAACAAAAACUUGUAAAUGAAAUAACAAAUGAGCUAGUUAAACCAAAGACCUCAUUUUGUUCAGUCAACUGUUUGUUGAGUAUCACAGUAAGGAUAAUGUUAUUUUUCAGAAAGUUUUAUAGUUCAGCUGCCAAAAUUAAUUCAAUAUUUUAAAAAGAAAGUAGGAGAGAUUUGAACAAAUGAAGAUAGAAUGGCAGACUUCUCAAUCAAAUUUUUCUAUAGCAGUCCAAACCACAUGUUUUAGUUAAAGGUUUUAUAUACAUUUAAGUGGAGCAUUACAGUUUAACCUAGCCAGUUUAAGAAGUUCAUGUAAUGAACUAGGAUUUGAUAUUGAUUUUAUUCCAAUCUUAUAAGAAACAUUAGCUUAGAGUUCCCCAAUAAGAAUAUAAGGAAGGACUGUGAUUAGGGCAGGAAGGGAUAUUCAAGGAAGAAAUCUGUAGAAAGUGGUCCUCAACUCAGGUUUUGUAAAACUUGAUUUAUUAUUAAAUCUUGGACAAAUAUUCCAAAUGACGCCACUCAUUCAAAAGUUCUUUGAGUUGUGUGCAUAAAGUUAAUUUACUUAUGAAUGCUGUGCCAUAUGUAAAUAAUGUUACUUUUAAUUCCCAUUGUUUUAAUUUGUAAUAAAAUAGAUUACAAAAUAAUA